AGAAGCUCCCCCUCCACCUGUGACACCAUGACCGAAUCGUGCUGCUCCCCUUGCUGCCAGCCUACGUGCUGCAGGACCACCUGCUGCAGGACCACCUGCUGCCAGCCCAGCUGCUGCGGGUGCGGCGGUGGCUGUGGACAAGGCGGCUGCGGGUCCAGCUGCUGUGGGUCCUGCUGCUGCCAGCCUUGCUGCUGCCGCCCAACUUGCUGCCAGACCACCUGCUGCAGGACCACCUGCUGCCGGCCCAGCUGCUGCGCGUGCGGCGGCGGCUGCGGGUCCAGCUGCUGUGGGUCCUGCUGCUGCCAGCCUUGCUGCUGCCGCCCAACUUGCUGCCAGACCACCUGCUGCAGGACCACCUGCUGCCGGCCCAGCUGCUGUGUGUCCAGCUGCUGUCAGCCCAGCUGCUGUGGGUCCAGCGGCUGCGGACAAACUUGCUGUGGCUCCAGCUGCUGUCAGCCAGCCUGCUGUACCCCUGUGUACUGCACGAGGACCUGUUACCACCCCACCUGUUGCUGCUUGCCUGGAUGCCUCGCCCAGGGCUGUGGAUCCAGCUGCUGCUAGCCUGCUUGCCAGCCAAACCGCCGCCAUAACGCCUGCUGGAGGACCACCACAUACCCACGGCGGCCGCGGCCACCCCUGCUGCGUGUCCGGCGGCUGCCACACUUCCUCCUGACAACCGCCUCACCAACAACCCACAACGGCACACAGCACCGAUUGGCCAGCGGGGAAACGGACACUGCCCAACGUUGCCCAAACCCAGCAUGCAGUCGCCAA